AUGGACAUCGAAUUCAACCAGGGCUUCAUCGACUACCAGUAUGUGAAGACGCUUGAGUCGCAUGAAGAUCCCUUCGGCAAGGGCUGGCCGCGGACAUUUCUGCUGCGAUGCAUUCUCUACGGCUUCUCUAGUGGCGCCAGUGCUAUGAUGGCCCAGUCCUUCUCCUCGCUGAACGCGCCGCUGAUGGUGCUGUUCAACAAGACGAGCACCGACAUGUUUGGGCUUCACGAUGGUGGUGCUCUUCUCCUCUCUGGUGCUACCUGGAUCGCCAUGUCCAGCAUGGUGUUCUCCAUCGCGGCCCUCAUCCCGCUGAUGGACUAUUUCGGGCGGAAAUUCAUUUGUGUUUAUAUUAAAUUCCUCUUCACGUCAGUGGGCGUGGCUUUAAUGAUAGCUGCCUGGGCGCUGCAGAAUGCCCUUUUCUACCUGUUCGGCUUGACGUUUGUCGUCGUCUCGGCGGCCAUCCUCGGCCUGGCCGACCCGAUUUUUAUUAGUGAAAUCGCGCCGAAAGAACAUAAAGGCUUCUUCACAGCAUCGGUACUUUCCUUUGCCGGAGUUUUCGCUGGCUUUUGCCUGAUAUUGGCUCGGGAAGAUAUUUGGGGAACGCCGGAGAAUUGGGGCCGUAUUGCAGUGCUCGCCGAGUUACUAAACAUAUUCGUUCUGCUGGCCGGCCUAUUCUUGCCGGAUAGUCCUGGGAAAUGUAAAGAAAGCACGAUCUCAGUUUUCUACGCUCAGCAUUUCCGCAAAUUUGCGGGCAUUUUCAAGGCGGGUAAUGGGACGAGAAAGAAAAUCUUCCUAUUAAUGGCAAUGCAAAUAUUUCUAUUAGCCAAUAUCAACACUAUCGAGAUAAGCUUUCCGAUUCCGGUGUAUCGCGAUGAGGGGAUGGUCGUUAAUGAGGUGCUUGCGAUGAUCCUCCUCAACUUCAUAAUAACAAUCCCAAUCUCCUGGUUCGGUCCUCUAGCCGUCGAUCGGCUGGGGAAGAAGCGAAUCGUGAUGCUGUUGCUUGGAUUCCUAAUUUUCAAAACUACCCUUCAUUUUAUUAAUGGACAACUGCAGUUCUGGGGACUGAGUUACUUAAAUGCAUUUCUACAACGUGUCAUCGAGGGUUCCGGGUUGCCGGCGAUCACUUUUGUAUUGGCUACCGAUAUUCUACCGCCGAAUUUUGUGGUAACGGCAGGACAGUUGGCAAUGAUGUCCUCAUGCUCUCUACUCGGGCUCCUCGCCUCAAUUUCUCCAUUCACUUUCGGCCACUUUCUGCCCGAAUACCUCAUUUGCAUUACCUUAUUCUCAACGGGAAUGGCUGUAUUGGUGCUAUGGUUAUGGCGGAGAGUGGAGAACGAGGAGGAACAGCCAGCCGACCAGGAGCCGCUGCUCCGAAAAUGCUCACCACCGCCCGAAUAUUCCGCAUUAACA